GUGGCAAAUGUCAUAUAUUUGGAAACACCGGUCAAAACUGGCUUUAGUUAUACAGACGAUAAAAGCCAUAAAAAUACAGACACGGAAACGGCUGCCGAUAACUUGGCAUUCCUGGAGAUGUUCUUUGUAAAAUAUCCAAAUUUUAAGAAAAACCCAUUUUAUAUAACGGGAGAAAGUUAUGCCGGAAUUCAUAUACCAUUGUUAGCCAGGAAUAUAUACAAAGCAAAGUCCACAAUCAAUUUAAAGGGUGUGGCCAUUGGAAAUGGACAGGAAUGCCCUUGUGAUCUACUAGUCAUUCAGGUGGAAUGGGGGUCCACUCCCAACCCAUAUAACAUUUACGAUGACUGCGAUGCCAUUAAACUUAAUAAGCAAACGAGGUCAGCUAGUCUUGACUGUCCCCACAAUGGCUAUACUGACUAUUUAAACAACGCUGACGUACGUAAGGCACUGCACGUACAUCCAGACGCCCCCAAUUGGUCGGAUUGCAGCGGAUUUUAUGCCGGAGACUACGAACCAAUGCAUAAAACAACACUUGAUAUACUGACUAUU